AUGGGCCUAAGCUCAGGACCUUUACGGACGAAAAAUGAGAUUAUUGAUAUAACAAUCCCCAAACCUACGAUAGAAAUAACGUCUGAUAUGCAUUUAACAGAAAUCGGCUCAAUACUUCAUGUGGUGGAAGACCAAAUAGUUAUUAAAGUUAAUGCUACCGGUGAAUAUAAAAUUUUGGAUGUAGGAACAGUUUUGGUAUUAGAAGAUAAAGAAGUUCUUGGUGAGAUAUUUGAAACGAUAGGCCCUGUGGCACAUCCGAUGUAUGUUGUUCGUUUUAAUGACAUUAACAAGGAGAAAGUCGUAAGGGAUGCAAAGGUAUUCGGUGUUGAUGAACUGUCAAAAUUUGUAUUUACUCAGGAGAUAUCUGAGCAUAAAGGGUGUGAUGCAAGUAAUGCAUUUGAUGAAGAGGUCAAUGAGGAGGUAUUGCAUUAA